AUGAAGGGGUUCUGGUACACGUACAGCAACAUCUUCAAGCUCGUGGAGGAGGAGCUCGGCAUCACGGACGCGUUCACGCCCUACACCAAGUCUGGCUUCUGGUCGCCAACAAAGGGCCUCGUGACGGAGUCCCCCGUGUUCUCCGAGCUGCCCAGGCUGCCGACCCUGCUCGGGCAGUUUGUGCACACGGUGGACCUGUUCCGCGGCGUCCCGCUGCCGGACCGGGCGUCGAUGCUGCCUCUCUUCCCCGCGCUGUUGGAGUACAAGGCGACCCCAGAGACCUACAAGCGCUACGACCAAAUGACCUUCCGCGAGCUCUGCCGACAGUGCGGGGUAUCCAACACCCUGUACGAGGAGUUCAUGAAGCCGCUGCUGCUCGUGGGACUCUUCGCACCGCCCGAGGAGCUGUCGGCGGGCGUCGUGCUGGAGAUGCUGUACUACUACGCCCUCGCGCACCAGAACGACUUUGACGUCAAGUGGGCGCGGGGGUCGGUGUCGGAGACCAUCUUCCAGCCUCUGAUGGCGCAGAUGAGGGAGCAGGGCUGCGAGAUCCUCGGCGGACACCCGAUGACGGGCCUGGAGAUGGACGGCGGGCGCGUCAAGUCGGUGAGCGCGUACGACAUUGACGGGAAGCGCGAGGUGUCGUUCGAGGCCGACCACGUGGUGCUGUGCAUGGGCGUGACGGGGAUGCAGAAGCUGGUGCAGGGGUGCGCGGAGCUGGGGCGGCGACGCGAGUUCCGCAACGUGAUGCACCUGCGCGGGAUCGACGUCAUGUCGGUGCGCGUCUGGUUCGACAAGAAGGGCUCCACGCAGUUCCCGUCCAACGUGCUGUCCGGGUUCGAGCCCAACGUCGGGGGCACGUUCUUCAACCUCAACGAGCUGCACGACGAGUACAAGGACUGCGAGGGCAGCGUGAUCGCCGCGGACUUCUACCACGCCGGGUCGCUCCUGCCGCUCUCGGACGAGGCCGUGGCGCACAAGGUCGCCGAGUUCGUCAGGACCUGCGAGCCGAGCUUCGAGGGCGCCAAGGUCACCGACUUCGCGGUGCUGCGCUUCCCGAAGGCCGUCACCCACUUUACGCCCGGCAGCUACCCCUUCAGGCCGCUCCAGACGACGUCGAUCCACAACCUGUUCGUCGCCGGGGACUGGGUGAAGGGCUUGCCGCAUGGCUCGCAGGCGCUGUGUCAGGAGCGCGCCUACGUCGCUGGCCUGCGCGCCGCGAACCUGGUGAUCCAGGACUCCGGUGUGGGGCGCGAGGCGGAGAUCCUGGACGUGGAGCCGGACGAGCCGCACAUUGCCGCUGGCAAGUACGCGGCGCGGCUCCUGCGCGAGGGCGCUGACACGCUCGGGAUCCGCAGUCCGUUCUUGUUCCCGUGA